CUCGACGCCGCGCUGACACCCACCACACCGUCUUCACAGGUGGCGUCCUGCGUCAAGAAACCAGCUAUACGCAAUACGCAAGUGGUGUAUGGCGUCGCUGUGCUCAUCUACUCCUAUCAACUGCAUUGCUAUGAAGCAGCGGGUGUUGUGCUUCCUGCUGGGAGUGGUACUGCCCAUAGUCUCCUCUCUCGUCACCUACUCCUUCAUCUCCUUCGGUGUUAAGCCUAUUCAAGUAGAUGAGACAGGUGCUCUCAUAUGUAUGAUCAUCCUCAUUAAGCUGGUGUUGCUGUGGACACAAGGCAUCUUCCCUAUCGACCUCAAUGGUGUCCUUUUUAGCAUAUAUGAGAGACGAGAGAGGUCGAUCAACGGUUCUACUAUCAACGACAGGCACUCUCUAUAUCAGGUACCUGACGUAGAGGAUAUGCCGUGCAUCCGGAGGUUCCUCUGUGAGAUGGAGACGGCAGCCAAGACCAGCGACAACUACUUGCCGAAGGAGCCAGCCGUGGUCAACGACAGGAUUCUGGAGGAGGAGGUCGCUCCUGAGGAGGUCGACCCUCUGACAGAGAUGCAAGUGGAGGCCGUCCGUGCCCUCUACAGGUGAGUCUGGAGGCGCCG